AGGCUUAUUUAUUGUCAAAUUCCAAAAAUUGACUAUUAGUCCCCCGUGUCCACCCCCUAACAAGUGUUGGGUUAAACCGUUUCUCAUGUUAAUGUUAUUACCUAAGAAGUAAAAUGCUUAGACAUGAUUUUCCUCUUAUAGUGAGGUCGUGGUAAGGUGCCACAUCAGGAGCUACUUUGAUUAGAUUGUAGUUGCCCUUGUCGUGAAAAUUUUACAUCCCCGGACUCUAUUCCUGAAGAUUCAUCCAUUUGCAAAAGGAUAAUAAUAUUCAAAUUCCUUUUCUCCUCCUUAAGAGAAAGCCCCUUCAUUUUUAUAUGUUCUUUUUAGUUUGAUGAACUCAUUGGAGGUUCCCGUAGUUCCGCAGCUACAAACAAUAAAAAUGAAGGCUGCUAUCGCACCUAAGUCGUCCUCCAGUGUGGCUGCAAGCAAGGUUGCUACUGGAAAGGUUGCUAGUACCAGCGCCAAAAGCUCAGCACCAAAAGCUGGGGUUUCAGCCAAGACUGCUUCUUCGCUUAACAGCAAAGCUGCUACAUCUGCAUCUCCUCCAGCGAGAAACAAAGCACCUCCAGUUGCGCCAGGUAGUAAAGCUUCUGCAAAGCUAGGAGGGACGACAACGACAUCAACAGCGAAAACUGGUGCUCUGAGGAAACCUUCGCCUGGUGGUGUCAUAAAAGUUCCUGUCGGUAAGGGGACGAAGGCUUCUGCGCCAAAGGCGAAGACUGUCGCGAUGCAAAGUGCGGCUGUUGCUGCAGCUACAGCGACGACACAAAUGGCACCAGUAGCUGAGGAGGUGGAAGUAGAUGGAACUGCUAAUGCAGGUAACUUUGUAGAUGUAGACCCAGACGCCGAAGAUGGGAUGUUGAUGCUCCCAAACAAGACAGGAGAAUCCGCUGAUGAACAAGUAGGAGGUCGUCAGAGCGAUUUUACGAGUGUGAUGUCCAUGGGCGAUUAUACAGAAGAAUUUCCUGCUGGAGAACUACAGAAUCAGGCUAGUAUAUCUGCUGCAGCCGGCGCACCAAAUCCAAAUCUUCGAAAUCUUAAUACAACCCGAAGCAGCCGCCAGAUAAAUGAGCGUUCGAGUCGGCGGACUACAGUCGAGUCUGCCUUAACAGCGCUAAGGCAAAGAGAUGUGGAAAGUAUUGACAUGCGAAGUUCUUCGUCUAGUGCUUCAUCGUUUGCUGAUGAUGUUGAAUUUGCUGAAAUGUCUGGCCGCGACCGCGAGCUGCUCGAAGAUGCUGAAAUUCUAGAGGCGAAAAAACUUCACAGGCGUAGUGCUGCAAGAAGGAAGUUGAAAGCUCCGGAACGCGAGCACGACCAUGUGGAGACUUUGUCUGGAAAGACCGUCAAGAUAAGUCGUCCCGGAAGCGAGAUAUUACAGGAAUUCGCGACGAUCUGCAAGACCGUGAAUCACGGCAACUUGACUACGAAAUUGAUGGUUGUGCAAGAAGCGGGAGAAAGGUUUGUGUCAAGCCAUGACUCGGAUCAGAACAUCAAGCUGGUGGUGGUGGAUCAAGAUAAGGCACAGGAAGAAGCACCUGCAGCUGCAGCUGCGGUCGUUCCUAACGGUAAGUUAGCACCAGAGAAUGGAGCUACUUCUACUCCUACAUCUGCACCAGCGCCAGUACCAGUACCUGCAGCUGCAGCAGACACCUCUCCACGAGCCUUCGAUCAUCAUGAAGUAGAUGAAUCGAAUUUUUCUUCUGCGGAAGAAACUGGCUUUAUGACCGGGACCGACUCUCCAAGGAGUAGCCCAGGACUAGGUGCAACUCAGACGUCCAAUGUGCUCGAUGAAAGUCGGGUUGUUGAACAAGUCGUGGAACUCGAGGAUACAACCGGCAAGACGAAGAACGAAAGUGCCGUUUCUGGUAUGGCAGGUCUUGCUGCUGUAUCUACGACUACAAGUUCUUCGAACAAAAAUGACGAACCACAGGUGGAAAGAACUUCCGCACCAGAGGUGGACAAGGCUAAAGCACAAGGCACGGCUGCUGCAGAAGUCUCUGCUCAAGAUCGGGAAGAACAAGCAGGAGAGACGAAUCCUCCUACUGAUGACGCUGCUAAUCGCGACAGAAUCCGCCCAAGUGCAGCUGGUGAAGGUCUUGCGGGUGUUUCUCUCUACACUUCUUGUUUAGAAGAUGAGCGGGACGUGUCUAAAAAGUCUUCCCAAGAUACAGAGGACGAUGACGACGAUAUCGACAAAAGCACUUUGCUUUUGCAGAAGAUGGAAGCCGAAAUCGAAAAGCAGCGUCUAGAGCUGCAGAGACUGCUAGACAAAAAGGACUUGAGGGAUUCAAAUGCCGCGAGCAGGAGAGGGUCCACUGCUUCGAUGAUUCAGAAGAAUAAUAACCCACUCUCUCUCUCGUAUGCUGGUGGAGCAGGUAGAGGGAAUCGAAUCCAAGGCAGUGAAGUGUCUGAAUAUUCACCGGAAGACGAGCGUCCUAGUGGUUUAGAAAGUAAGCGAGCUUCUACACAGAUCUCAACGCAUCUCGAUGCUUUGGAGUCGCUGCUAUUGCGUAUGGAUGCGGCCAAAGAGCAAGAAUUAGAGGAGUUGAGGACGCAUCUGGAAUCGGAGCAUCAAGCUAUUGUUGAGGAACUACAUGCUGAGCAUGAGCAAGCCUUAUCUUUGGAGGAAGAGUGCCACUUAGCUCAGCAAAAACUGGAAGAAAUGCAGGGGAAAUAUGAGCAGGAAGUCGCGAAGUUGAAAACCGCAUUGCAGAAGAGCAGAACUGAGGCGGAGCAGAAAAGAAGCGACGCUGACACGUUGAAACAGCAGUUGGCCAUGUUGAUCGACGACUCGAAAGAGACCGAAGAGGACCUGUUGAAGGCGGAAGAAGACCUGGCUGAGGCCGAAGCAGACUUGAAAACGGAGAGGGAAAAGCAUGCGAGGACACAGGUUAUGCUAAAACGCAUCACUCUGGAGAAAGACCAAAUUCGCCAACAAUUGGAGGAGAAGGAGAGAAUCAUCAAGAGGACAGCCAGGGAAUCAGAAUUAGCGAAACAAGUCGAAGAGUUACAGCGACAGUUGAGCGCUGCUCUUGCUGCUGCUCCUGAAGGGACAACCAAAAGGGAAUCUUCAUUUGCAUCCACCUACUCUUCGCCUGAACCUGCUGCAGCACGUCGUGUCUCUUUUGACGGUGGUGAUAGUGAUGAGGAGCAGCCGAAGAAGCAGGCACAACAAGACCCUCAAGAACAACAAGAAGAGCUUCUAGACGACAAAACCGAAAAUCUUCGAACAUCGUCAUCAACCAGUCAGCAGCCUCAGCGCGAUCGAUCUAAAGAAGCCCGCGAUCAAAGAGACCACUUCGCAGCCCAACUUCUUGCCGCUGAGGUCAAGUAUCAAGCUCUUCUGAACGAUGUCACUCUAGAAUACGAAAAGAAGAUCAAAAACCAGAAGAACAUCUUCGAAACGAGGAUGUCCGAAUUGGAAGGUGAUAUGGUAGAGUACCUCCAAGCUGAAGUUCACGCUUUGGAAGCGGAGGAAGCGGGUGAGGCGCAAGGAAUCUUAGACGCGGUUAGGCACACGAAGUUGUUUAACAGAAGUUCUGUAGGGUCCUAUGAUACGGCUAUUGAUGAACCCGCCUUAGA